AUGAAUUCUUAUCCUGGUAGUUCAUCUUAUUUAUCAUCGUCUUCUUCAGAUGAUGACUAUUAUGAUGAUAUAGAAAUGCAAGUAGUAGGUCAAAUUACUGCUAACAACAAUUUUUGCAUUGCUCAACACCAAAAAAACAAAGGCUCACAUCGAGGCUCGAUUCCUGGUCAUAUAGUUAUCAACCGUGACCGGGAAAGUGCUGAUCGCAAUCUCUUCAACGACUAUUUUGCAGAGAAUCCUCGAUUUACCGAUUUGAUGUUUCGCCGAAGAUUUCGAAUGGGUCGUCCUUUAUUCCUUUAUAUUUUGGAUGCUAUACAAAGACAUGACAAUUACGUCAUCCAGCGAAGGGAUGGAAUGGGUAAACUUGGGUUAUCAGAAAGCUUGAAGCGAUUUUGUCGUGUUGUUGUCGAGGUGUUUGGAGCCCGCUAUCUCCGAUCACCUAACGCUGAUGAUGUUGCAAGACUACUCCACAUUGGUGACCGUCGAGGUUUUCCAGGAAUGUUGGGAAGUUUAGAUUGUAUGCAUUGGAAAUGGAAAAAUUGCCCAAAUGCUUGGGGAGGACAAUAUGACGGUCGUAGUGGGUCCCCAACUAUUAUUCUUGAAGCUGUAGCUGACUAUGAUCUCUGGAUAUGGCAUGCAUAUUUUGGUUUACCGGGAUCUAAUAAUGACAUUAAUGUGCUGGAGGCAUCCUAUCUUUUUGCUAAUAUUGCUGAAGGUAUUGCUCCACCUGCUAAUUAUGUUAUUAAAGGAAAAUAG